AGAGCGAAUUCGGAUCCGUUCCGAGAUCAUCGGAGAGCCUUUUCGAUUUAUCAAACCCAUUUACCGAGGUUUUGACAAAAAUGAAUGAGAAAGAACUGCUCCAUGGGCUGAACGACCGUUUCGCCGGAUUCAUAGAGAAGGUGCGUCAUUUGGAGCAUGAAAAUGAAUUGUUUGAGAGGGAAAUCGAGGAAAUCAAACUAAAGGCACAGUCCCCUGCGUCUCUGGCCCAGGAGCACGAGCCGGAGCUUAUGGACCUGAGGAACCUAGUUCAUGACAUCUCCCUUCAGAAGCGUCAGAUCGAGAUAGAGCAUCAGAACCUGGAGGAAGAUUUCCUCAUCUUGAGAGACAAGUAUGAGCAGGAGGCACGUGACCGCUCGAACGCAGAGAACGGUAUCCUUGUGCUGAAAAAGGACGCCAACGAUGCAUACCUUGCCAAACUUCAGUUGGACAACAAAGCGCAGUCUUUGGUGGACGAGAUCCACUUCCUGAAGAACAACCAUGAGGACGAGAUAUCAGAAAUGGUGGCCCAGAUCCAAGAGGCUCAAGUAACGGUCAAGGCAUACAACUUUGGCAAACCUGACAUCACAGAGGCUCUCCGGGACAUCCGUGUGCAGUUAGAAGGUCACGCCACUUCCGACAUUCAGCAGGCCGAGGAGGGCUUCCGUGUCCAGUUCGCAAAGUUAACCAAAGCGGCAGAAAGUAACAGGGAGGCGUUGAAGGCAACCCAACAGGAGAUCCAGGAGAAUAGAAGGCACCUGCAGGGGAAGACAAUUGAACUGGACUGUGGUAAAGGAAUGAGAGAGGCCCUGGAAAAACAACUACAAGAGCUGGAGGAGCGUCACUAUGCAGAAUUGAUUCAUUACCAGGACACUAUCAGGCAGCUGGAGAAUGAGCUGACCAAUGCUAAACUAGACAUGUCUGGCUACCUGAGAGAGAACCAGGACCUGCUGAAUGUCAAAAUGGCUUUGGAUGUGGAGAUUCUCUCUUACAGGAAACUCCUGGAGGGUGAGGAGUCCCAUCUGUACACCAUCUCUGACACCCACAUCUCCAUGCCCUGCAUCUACCGCCAGUCCCCCGUCUACACCCUGCCUUGCCUGGCCCGGCAGGGAGGGCCCACACGCAGGUCUGAACCCCAGUACAAGUUUGUUGAGGAGAUCAUCUCUGAGACCACCAGAGACAUGGAGAUGUCCGAGAUUGAGGAGAAAGGCUCCGAGGAGACGGUCGGGGGAGAGGGAGACAAGUUGAGACAGAAGCAGGGAGAAGAGAGUGACAAAGCUGAGAGGAGAAGUGGGGAACAGGUGGAUGAGCAUAAAGAGAAAGCUAGAGGUAAAGUGGAUGUUGAAGUGGACGCCCCGGAGGAAGAGGGUGAACAGGAGGAAGAGUCUAAGAGACAGCAGAUGGUCACAUCAGCAGAGGUCGAGGUAAAUGGAGAUGGAGUUAGCCCUAGUGAGGGAGAAAAUGGAGAGGAGGGAGAUGAUGAAAGAGAGGAGGAAAAGGGGGGUGAGCCAGAUGCAAUCAAAAAGACAGAGGACAUUGACAGAGGUGAAAAUACACAAAGUGAAGUCAAAUCAGCUGAGGCCACCAGUGAGGGAGAGAAGGAAAAACUGGACACAACAGAGAAGCUAGACAGCGAGAUAAACGAGACAUUAGAAAAAGAUGACACCCCAAAACAAGGCAAAUCCCAACUAGAGGUUCCCAUGAAUGGUGACAUCUCAACAGAACCCAAAACGUCAGAGUCAGAGGAUAGCAAAACAGGAAGUUCAAUAAAGGGUGAACCACAGGUCCCCACAGAGGACAUCUCCAAAGAACCCAAAAAGGUGUCAGAGGAGAGAAAAAUAGAAAGCCCUUUACAAGAGAAAAAAGAGGUAGAUCUGAAAGAGGAGAGUGCCCCAACAGAGCAACAACAAGAUAGCCCAAAAGAAAGUCCCAUCAAAGAGGGGAAAAAGGUAGAUCUGACAGACCAGAGUGCCCCAACACUGGAGCAGAAACCUGAUCAGAAGGAGCACAGAGAGUCAGACCAACCUCAAGAGGCAGAGAGUGCUGUGACAACACAAGAAGAGGAUCUCCCUGAGCCCACAGAGAAGGACAUGGAAUCCCCUGAUAACACUGCAGAGCUCAACACCAGUUCAACCAAGGAGACAGUGGAGCAGGUGAAGUCACCUGAUGAUUCUGGUGUAAAAACGACACAAGAUGAGAGAACAGUAGGAGGUAAAAUGCCAGACAGAAUUCUCAGCACAACAAGUGAGUGUAAGGAAGACCUUGUGCAAAAGAUUCCUAAAAAGGAGGUGGGUCCGACAGAGCAAAAAGUGAGCAGCAAGGAUGAUAGUGUAAAAAUUGUUGGCAGUGAAAAGGUCACAAAAGAUGUCUCAAUGGGUGAGGAAAAAAGGAAAGAAUCUGAGACAUCCCCCAAACCCGACCCAACUGUCACCCCUAAAGAAGAAACUUCCAUUAAACCAGAACCAGCAGUCACUGCAAAAGAAGAAACAUCCCCAAAACCAGAACUAGCAGUCACCACUAAAGAAGAAACUUCCCCAAAACCAGAAAUAGCAGUCACCACUAAAGAAGAAACGUCCCCAAAACCAGAACUAGCAGUCACGGCUAAAUUAGAAACUUCCCCAAAACCAGAACUAGCAUUCACCACUAAAGAAGAAACGUCCCAAAAACCAGAACCAGGAGUCAUCCCAAAGGUAGAUACUUCCCCAAAACCAAUCUCAACCAUCACCCCUAAAGAAGAAACGUCCCCAAAACCAGAAUCAGCAGUCACCCCUAAAGAUGACACAUCCCCUAAACUGGACCCCACUGUCACUCCUAAAGAAGAAACAACACCGCAUCCAGAGCCAACUGUCACCCCUAAAGAGGAGACAUCUCCUAAACCAUACCCCACUGUCACCCCUAAAGAGGAAACACCCCCAAAACCAUUCCUGACAGUCGCCACUAAAGAGGAGACAUUCCCUAAACCAGAACUAUCAGCCACCGCUAAAUUAGAAACUUCCCCAAAACCAGAUCUAGCAGUCACCCCUAAAGAACAAACUUCCCCAGAGCCAGAACCAGCAGUCACCCCUAAAGAAGAAACGUCCCAAAAACCAGAACCAGGAGUCAUCCCAAAAGUAGAAACUUCACCCAAACCAGAACUAGCAGUUACCCCUAAAGUAGAAACGUCCCCAAAACAAAGCUCAACCAUCACCCCUAAAAAAGAAACGUCCCCAAAACCAGAACCAGCAGUCGCCCCUAAAGAUGACACAUUCCCUAAACCGGACCCCACUGUCACUCCUAAAGAAGAAACAACCCCGCAUCCAGAGCCAACUGUCACCCCUAAAGAGGAGACAUCCCCAAAACCAUUCCCGACAGUCGCACCUAAAGAGGAGACAUUCCCUAAACCAGAACUAUCAGUCACCGCUAAAUUAGAAACUUCCCCAAAACCAGAUCUAGCAGUCACCACUAAAGAACAAACUUCCCCAAAAGCAGACUCAACCAUCACCUUUAAAGAAGAAAUUUCCCCAAAUCCAGAACCAACAAUCACCCCUAAAGAAGAAAAUUCCCCAAAACCAGAACUAGCAGUCACCCCUAAAAAUAUAACAUUCCUUAACCCUGAGCCCAGUGUCACUCCUAAAGAAGAAACAACCUCUCAACCAGGGCCAACUGUCACUCCUAAAGAGGAGACACCCCCUAAACCGUACCCCACUAUCAACCCUAAAGAAGAAACUUCCAUUAAACCAGAACCAGCAGUCACCCCUAAAGAAGAAGCUUCCCCAAAAUCAGAUUUAACCAUCACCCCUAAAGAAGAAACUUCCCCAAAACCAGAUCUAGCAGUCACCCCUAAAGUAGAAACUUCACCAAAACCCGAACUAGCAGUCACGGCUAAAGUAGAAACUUCCCCAAAACCAGUACUAGCAGUCACACCUAAAGAUGAAAUUUCCCCAAAACCAGAACCAGCAGUCACCCCUAAAAAUGAAACAUUCACUAACCCAGACCCCACUGUCACUCCUAAAGAAGAAACUUCCCCAAAACCAGAACCAGCAGUCACCCCUAAAGUAGAAACUUCCCCAAAACCAGAACCAGCAGUCACCGCUAAAGUAGAAACUUCUCCAAAGCCAGCAGUCACCACUAAUGUAGAAAUUUCCCUAAAACCAGAGCACACUGUCACUCCUAAAGAAGAAACAACCCCGCAACCAGAGCCAACUGUCACUCCUAAAGAGGAGACUUCCCCUAAACCGUACCCCACUGUAUCCACUAAAGAAGAAACAUCCCCGCAACAGGAACCAACAGUCACCCCUAAAGAGGAGACAUCCCCUAAACCAUAUCCCACUGUCACCACUAAAGAAGAAACAUCCCCUAAACCGUUCCCCACUAUUGCCCCUAAAGAGGAGACAUCCCCUAAACCAGAACGAGCAGUCACCACUAAAGGUAAGGGUAACUUCAAGUUCCUUGGCUUCCACAUCACCAACAAACUAACAUGGCCCAAGGACACCAAGAAAGUCAUGAAGAGGGUAUGA